AUGACUAAGGCCUCGUGUACCUCUACUCCUAUGGUCGCAUCCUCGCAAUUGAAGAAGGAUGAAGGGCAAUUAUUGCCUGAUGCACGAGAAUUUCAGAGUCUAGUAGGAGGGUUGCUCUAUGUGUGUCACACAAGACCCGACAUUGCCUUUAGUGUGAAUAAAGUCGCCCAAUAUAUGCAUGCACCAAGAGAGCAGCAUAUGCUUGCUGCUAAACGCAUCCUACGUUAUUUAGGUGGGACAUUGGACUAUGGUCUGGGAUUUGUGCCAGGCAAGUUGUAUAUAUCAGCUUUCUCGGAUGUCGAUUGGGGAGGAUGUGUAGAUGAUAGACGGUCGAUGUCUGGCUACUAUGUUUUUGUUGGAGGAAGUUUGGUGACUUGGAGUGCGAAAAAGUAG